AUGGCUUAUAGUUCGCGAGUACUAUUACCAUUUGCAUUAUGGCCUGAAAGUCCUCCAUCAUUAACCGUAUCGUCAUUAUUUAUAAAUUUUGCAAGUGAAGAUCUUAUAACAGGCACAAAUGAUGGUUUUGUCGUUUGCUGGAAAAUUUUAUCUGAUCAUCAAAAAAUUAUUCCAAGAUUAAUGUUAAUUGGUCACACAAAUCAAGUUUCAUUUAUUGUUGGUUCAAUAUCAACACAUCAACUCGAACAAUUUGUUAGUAUUUCAGAUAAUGAUGGUGAAAUUAAAUUAUGGAAUAAUGAAGAUGGUCAUUGUAUUGAACAUAUACGAACUAAUCUUAAACAUCGUUCUGUUCAAUGUUUUAAUUAUCAAUUAACAAAUGAAAAUUUUCUUAUAUGUUGUGGUUGUUAUUCCGAAAUACUUAUUUAUGAUAUGCGUACACUUGAAAUUAAAUAUACUCUAACACCAUCAAAUGUAAAUGCAGAUUGGAUAUCAACAUUUUUUGUUUUUCAAAAAGCAAAUGCUCUAGAUGUUAUUAUUGUCAUUGGAUUACUUGAUAGUGGUUGUGUUAAAUUAUGGGCAUUUGAUCCUCGUACAGCUACGUCAAAUACAGCUAUUGAAGGUACAAGUAUAGGAAAUAAUAAUAAUAUUAUACCAAUAGAUCUUAAAGAACAUGAAAGUAAAGAAAUUCGUACACAAUUUGGAUCAAUUAUUGUACCUUGUGAAGAAUGUCAAAGAAUGAUGCUUAUUGUUCAUGGUCAAGGUUGGCAAAUAUUUGAUGGAAUUGAUUUCACAGAAUUAUGUUCAUAUGUAAUGGAUGAAAAAGAUAUUGUUAAGAAUGAACAUUGGAUAAAUGGAUAUUUUCCAACACCAGAUUUAGUUUUACUUUUUUCUGCUCGUGGUUAUGGACAUAUUUUUCGUCUUCCUGAAAAUGCAACAUUUAUGAAUCCAAAAUUUCGUUCACAACAUAAUAAAACUGAUAUGCAAGUACCACAAUGGUUAUGCAGAUUAAGCGUUGGAAAUGAAUUCAAACUUGCUCAAACACCAAUAUUUUCUUGUCAUACUAAAUCAAAACAAUGUCAAGUUUAUCGAGCUGAUUCUUCAGGUGAAAUUUCUGUUUGGCAUAUAAAUCUAAAACAUUUUUCAACAGAUACGGAUAUUCUUCCAACAUGUUCAAUAUCUUAUAACGAUAUUUGGUCACAUGCAUUAACCAAUAUUCGUACUAUAAGAAAAAUUUUAAAUGAUAUAUUACCAAAUAAAAUAAAUAAAUUAACAGCAUCAUGUCAUUUAAUAACGAUGGAUCGUCUUGCGUUUGGUACUGAUAAUGGACAAAUUUAUAUAAUACCAGCAUUAAAACUUAUUGCAAGUCUUUUUUUAAAUAAUAAUCAACAUAAAGAAAAUUUUGAUAUUCAAACACUUAUCGGUCAUAAUCAAACAAUAACAUGUUUAAUUCAUCCACAUAGUGAAUAUUCACGUUAUGAUAUUCAACAUUUAGUUAGUGGUAGUAUUGAUCAUUCAAUACGUUUAUGGGAUUUAGCAACAAAUACACAAUUACAUAUGUUUACUGUACAUUCCGGUACAAUUCUUAUGUUUCACAUUCCACCACCGAUGCUUAAUGUUAAAGUACAAUAUUGUAUAUGUGCAAUAGCUAGUGACCACAGUGUUUCGUUAAUUAGUUUAAAAGAACGUAAAUUAAUUUUAUUAGCUAAUCGACAAUCAUAUCCUGUUGUUGGACUUCGUUGGAGAAUAAAUGAUGAUUUUUUACUUAUAAAAUGUUCGGAUGGAAGUUUAUUUAUUUGGCAAAUUGAAACAGGAAAUCUUGAUCGUGUUGAACAUGGUAUAUUAGCGGAAGAAUUAUUUGAAUGGUAUAAUGAUCCAAGAAUACUUAGUGCAAAUAAUGAUCUACAAAAUGAUCCAUUAUCAACAGCAAUGGUAUCUUCACAUUAUCUUCAAAUAAGAUCAACUGGAAAAAGAAAAGAUAGUGAUCAACUACGAAAAUUAAAUAGAAGAUUCGGAACUCCACGUCAUGAUUUAAUGGGUACAUCAUCGUUUAAACAUACAGAAUAUCGUUUACCAAUUAUAGUUCAACAAUUUCAUACUAAUAUUGACGAUGAUCUAGCAAUACUUAUUCUUUUUGAUUUACUUCAACUGAUUAAACAAAUUGAACUAACAAAUAAAGAUACUCAUACACAAUUCGAUCAAACAUCAACAUCAUUAUCAAGCUUAUCAAAUCUACUUGUUUCAUUACUUCAUCCAUGGUCAUUUGAUAAAAACGUUGAUAGAAUUUGUCAAGAACGUCUUCGUCUUAAUCGUGUUAAUCGAUUUUUAUCCUAUGGUAUAUUAAGUAAAAAUGAACAUUUAACUAUUGUUUUACCUACGUGGCAACAAUAUUUGAAUGAUACUAUGCCUGAUACAUUUUUAGCAAUUCCAAAUACACUUAUUUCAUUUGCUGGAAUGGAAACAGAUGCUAAUGAAACCUUAAAACAAAAACAAGAACGAAUUGAAAGUUAUGUACAUCAAUGGCGAUGGAAAUAUUCUACAAUUCUUAAUACCGAACAUUUAUUAAGUUCAGUAACUAUGGUCUAUAUUUUAAUGAAUUGUGAUCGUUGGAUUAAUAAUAUACCAAGUGAUCAAGAUGAACAAGCACUUUUGUCACAACGAGAGAGUUGGAGUAAAUUAUUACAAUUUUACUGUUCAGAUAUGCUUGAACAAUGUCAAACAAAAGUAUUUCAAUCAUUAUCAAUUGAAAUCCUAUGUUCACAUUGGCAAGAUUUAUGUUUAGAACUACGUGAUGCUGCUAGAAAAUUAUUAGAAAAAGAACUUGAUCAUUUACAUAAUAAUAAUGAUGCAUGGCAUAUAUUUAUUUCUAAAUGGUCUAAUUUAUUUAAUCAGUCGUAUAAUAAAGAGACUGAUGGAGCUUUAUAUGAUCAAGAUAUUCGAGAUAUAUUUCUUGAUGAUUCAAAUUACAAUAAUGAAACAACAACAACCACGGCUAAAGAACAAUAUAAAGCACAGCAAUUACUAUCGAUUGUUCUUAUUGGUAUUGUUGGUGCACGAUAUGGACAAGAAGUUGAACAAACAAAACAAUCAUCUGUCGCAAUUAAAGGAUUUACAGUUGAUAGUCCAGAAAUGAUUUUGAAAUUGAGUCGUAUUUUAACAAGUCUUCUAUCUCCAUCAAAUUUUGAUCAUAUUCCAUUGCACAGUGUUAUUCGUCGAACAGCAAUUGAUCUUAUUGGUCGUGGUUAUACUAUAUGGGAACCAUACUUAGAUAUUGGACAAGUACUAUUAACAUUACUUGAUUUAUGUGCUAUUAGUGAUAGUUCAACAGUAACAAGCAAUGUACUUAGUGGAAUAUUAACACCAAAAACUGAUACUUGUUUAACAGCACGAACAGCUCUUAAUUUAAUUGCAACAUCUCGUUCAAAUGUAGUUAUAAUAACACUUGCACGUGAAAUUGCUAAAUAUGUUCUUGCACAAUCUGGAACAACAUCAUCAACAACAGCACGUACAGCAACACCAUCACAAACGUCAAUAACAAUUAAAAAUGAACAAAAAACUGAAAUACUUCGUCUUAUUAGAAUUCUUAUUGAAAAAUGUCCACAUGAUGUUGCAGAAUUAAUUCUUGAAGUUACCGAUAUUACUUUGAAUUGUAUUGAUUUAAGUGCUCUUCGACAUAAAGGUGUUCAAGCUGUAUCAGAAACAUUUGGAUUAUUAUUACGAUAUCCAAUAGUAACCUAUUGUCAUGAAUCACCAAAAUUAUGUGUUGGUACAAAAACUGGUAUUCUUGCUUUAUAUGAUUUAAAAACACCAAAAUAUCAACCAUUUCAAGCUCAUCCAAAAACUGAUGUAAUUACAUGCGUAGAAUUUUCACCCGAUGGAAAGUAUCUUGCUUCAUAUUCUGCUUAUGAAGGAAUAUUAUACUUUUGGCAGACAUCAUCAAAUACAUUUUUUGGUUCAUCAAAUACAAUUCAUCUUGUUUCAAGACAUGCUGCGCAACGACUUGAUCGUUCAACACCAUCACCAAUGAAAAAAGUUGAUCUUAAUUGGAUUGAUCGUACUAGUGUUCGAAUGUAUUGGCAUGUUGAUAAAAGUGAAAAGAAAUUUACAGUCUAG